UUCGCCAACAUAGCCAGCUACCAGGACCUGUUGGGCAGCCAUCAUCAACUGCUCAUAGCCGCCACAGCCGCAGCCACCGUCGCCGCUGCCGCAGUCGAGCCGCAACUGCCGCAAUUGACGACGACGCCAUCCACAGCCACCAUCAUACCCAUAAUAACCAAUAACCAGACCCAGAAUCAGAGCCACAACAACACCAACACAAACACAACAACAACAAACAACAACAACCAGCAGGCGGUGUUCGAAAAAGCCAUCACCAUUUCGUCGAUUGCGAUUAAACGCAGGCCGACGCUGCCGCAGACGCCAGCAAGUGCCCCACAGGUGUUGUCGCCGUCGCCGAAACGCCAGUGUGCCGCCGCCGUCUCAGUGCUGCCCGUGACAGUUCCUGUGCCCGUGCCCGUGUCCGUGCAACCCCUGCAGCCCGUGCAAGUCCCAGUGCCAGCCAGCGCCCUCAAAGGACACCAUCUGGGAAAUCAUCUGGGAAAUCACAUUGGAAGCCAUCUUGGGAGCCAGCUGCAGCAGCACCCCCACCAUCCGCACCACCAGCUGAGCUUCGCCCAUCCCACACAGUUUGCGGCCGCCGUUGCCGCCCACCACCAGCAGCAGGCCCAGCAGCAGGCGCAACAGCAGCAGGUGCAACAGCAACAGGUUGCGUACGCAGUAGCGGCAGCACAGCAGCCACAGCUGCAACACCAGCAGCAACAGCAGCAGCAGCGUCUGGCACAGUUCAAUCAAGCGGCAGCCGCUGCCUUGCUCAACCAGCACUUGCAACACUCGGCGGCAGUGCACCAACAGCAGGUGGUGCAACAGCAACAGCAACAGGCAGCAGCAGCACAGCAGAUCCAACAGCAACAGCAGCAGCAGCAACAACAGUCGCUGGCCCACUACUACAGGCACCAGCCGUACGUGCAACAGCAACAGCACAUUCUGCUGAGUGGCAACAGCAGCAGCAGCAGCAAACAGAUCGCCAGCAACAGCAGCACCGUUGCCGUUGCAGUUGCAGCAGCGACACCAGCAACAGCCACCGUUGCCGCUGUACCCACGAGCGGCGGCAGCAGCAGUUUGCCGGACAGCCCCGCCCACGAAUCGCACUCGCACGAAUCGAACUCUGCCACGGCCUCAGCGCCAACGACACCCUCGCCGGCCGGCAGUGCCACAACAGCAGCCACCACAACAGUUGCAACAGCGUCAGGAGGCGUCAGCGACAGCAACAACAACGCCGCCAUAAUGGAAAAUCAAAUGGCACUCGCCCCGUUGGGACUCUCGCAGAGCAUGGACUCCGUUAAUACGGCCAGCAACGAGGAAGAGGUUCGCACACUUUUUGUCAGCGGUUUGCCCAUGGACGCCAAGCCGCGUGAACUUUAUCUACUAUUCAGAGCCUACGAGGGCUACGAAGGAUCUCUAUUGAAAGUAACUAGCAAAAAUGGCAAAACUGCAUCGCCCGUGGGCUUUGUGACAUUCCAUACAAGAGCUGGAGCCGAGGCAGCCAAACAGGAUCUGCAGGGUGUACGCUUCGAUCCCGAUAUGCCCCAAACAAUUCGCUUGGAAUUCGCCAAGAGUAACACGAAAGUGAGCAAACCCAAACCACAGCCCAAUACAGCGACAACAGCCUCACAUCCUGCAUUGAUGCACCCACUCACUGGACAUCUGGGUGGGCCGUUCUUUCCGGGCGGACCGGAGUUAUGGCAUCAUCCGUUAGCGUAUUCGGCAGCAGCCGCCGCUGACUUGCCCGGAGCUGCAGCACUGCAGCAUGCAACAUUAGUGCAUCCGGCCCUGCAUCCGCAGGUGCCAGUGCGCUCCUAUCUCUGACUAAAUACAGACAAAGUAAUGGAGCAGCCUAUGCAUCAAACUCAAAUGACCAUGCCGCAACAUCAUCAGACCACUGCUACUGCUAUACAUCCUGGGGCAGCUGCAAUGGCACAUAUGGCCGCUGCUGCUGCCGCGGCCACGCCACAGAAUGCUGCUGCGGCAGCCACGGCCGCCGCCGCCGCUGCUGCUGCUGCCCAACAUCAUCAUUUUUUAUCGAGUCCAGCGCUUGCAAGUCCCGCCGGAUCCACGAAUAAUGCCACACAUCCGGCUAAUCCACAAAUAGCGGCAAAUGCACCCUGUUCCACGCUGUUUGUGGCCAAUCUUGGACAAUUUGUCUCCGAACAUGAGCUCAAGGAGGUCUUCUCUAGAGGAGCGGGUAUGGAAUCACGGCAUGAUUUGCUCGCUAAAAAACUAGAGAGGGAAAUGCAACAACAACAGCAGCAGCAACAGACACAACAGCAGCAACAACAGCAACAGCAGCAGCAGCAGCAUCAUCAUGCAGCAGCAGCGGCAGCGCAGCAUUACCAUCAGCAGGCAGCGCAGCACCACCACCACCAGCAGCAGCAACAACAGCAGCAACAGCAGCAGCAACAGCAACAGCAGCAGCAACACCUGAACCACCAUCAUCAGCAUCAUCAUCAUCAUCACCAUCAGCAGCAACAGUUCUUGAUGACGCCGACAGCAACCUGACGAUUCCAUCACUAUGGAACGCCGCAUGCCACACAUCUGCUGCAGCAGCAGCAGCAGCAACAUCCGCCGCAGCAGCAGCAGCAGCAACAUCAUCAUAUCUACUCGUAUGUGGUGCCGGCAGUCAGUCACAUAGCAGCCUGAUGGAUGAUGAUCCACAUUUGAGUUUGAAAGUUCAUAGGUCAAGAAAGGAGCUCCCCCGCAUGCAACGGAUUCAUGCGCAACAAAAGGAGGCAACAACAACAACAACAAACAAAACAAGAAAAAACUUUAGU